GACAGGAGAUCGCCUGGGGCUCUCUUGGCUCAGCGAAAGUGUCUUUGGCCGCGACCCCCCGCCCGCUGAAGCAAUGAUGUCUUUCGAGGAACAGUUCAUUGGAGAUACGUACGGCCGAGAGGACAUCCCACCACAGAGCACCUGCCCUGACACCCUCACCAGGAAGUGGUCGUCCACCGGCUUUAAUGGAAGUUUUCUGGCGACCAUUCCGGUUCUCCAGUGGGCCAAGGACGUCAAUCUCCAACAGUACCAGCGCCUGAAGCAGUAUGGCGGUACCUACGGAUGGGCAUCGAUGGACUAUGAGACACUGAACGCCACACUCUCCGUCCUCAACCGGACGGCCAACCACCAGAUGUUUGACGACUGGCAACUCCGUCGGAAGGGCUCGCAGUGCGUCCGCUGCGCCGUGGUGGGCAACGGGGGGAUCCUGAAUGGUUCCGGCAAGGGCCGCGAGAUCGACGGUCAUCACUACGUGUUCAGGACGAACGGAGCUGUCCUCAAUGGUUUCCAGAAGGACGUGGGCACACGCACCACCCACUACACCUUCUCCACCAACACCUUCAAGAACUCCAUCAGGAGCUACCGUAAACAGGGCUACAGUGGACCACCGCUGUCCGAGGAGACGCGCUACGUCUUCCUUCCAGACCACGACCGUGACUACCUGCUGGUGAAAGCUGUUGCCACACACACACCGGUGGAGCGAGGCCGGGAUAAAACCAAAACUCCACCGACGUACUUUGGAGAGGAUGCGACGGCGGAGAAGCUGAAGAUGUAUCACCCAGACUUUGUCCGCUACCUCAGGAACAGGUUCUUUCAAUCCCACGCACAGAAGAAAGGAUACAGGAGAAUCUACCGUCCGUCCACAGGCUCUGUGAUGCUGUUGGCGGCUCUGCACACCUGCGACCAGGUCAGCGCCUAUGGCUUCAUGACGCCCGACUAUAAGAAGUACCCGAACCACUACUAUGACAAAACCCUGAGCAAAGUGAGAUUCUUUGCCAACCAUGACUAUGGCUCGGAGCUGGGGCUGUGGCAGAAGCUGCACAAGGAUGGCCUCAUACGGCUGUACAUGCGAUCGUGAGCCAUGGGGACAUUCCGGCCAGCGGCACGUGGCCUUCAUAGCACUGGGACGAGGUGGUCAUUUGGUGGCAGGAAAACCUAAUGCAAUUUUUAUUUUAUUUUAAUAUUAUGACAAACCGUCUAAUCAGCUGCUACACUGCCUUGACUCUUAACGGAUUGUAUUUCCCUCUCAAAGCUUGUUUAACAUUUGUAUUUGGUGAAGGGCUCGCUGUGUACGGGAUAAUAGUUGUGUUGGUUUAAUUGUUAAGUUAAAAGGUCAAAAUUAAGAUUUGAUGGAAACCACAUGGUGGUUGAUCGCUCUAGUGCCUUGAAACUCCAACCUAAGGGUCUGUCUUUUAAGAUACUUAAAUUAUUAAAUUGUCAGUUUUAACGCAAGUUCAUUGUUGUGUAGUCUACGAUGCACACUUUAUUUUAAAAACAUUAUUGUAAAAAGUUGCAAAAGACUCUGAGGAUCAUCACUGUCAAGUUCCAAACCUAGGCGUCUUUCAUUUAACCUCUUAAACUCGAGGUUCCCCAGAUUUGGGAAGACCGUGAUCACUCUCGCAGAAAAAGGCAUACAACACUUCCCUUAUUAUGUAGAAAUAUCAAAUUAAACAUGAGAAACUCUGCUACAAGCACAUAUAAGUAAUUUUUACAAACACCAAACACGACUCAAACACCAAGGAUAUUAAUUAGAGAAAUUAGACAAUUAAAAAUAGGCUGGAGCUUAAGAGGUUAAAGGUCCCAUGGCAUGCCACUUAAAAAAAAAAAAAAAAUGUAUUUCUGUUUUAAAGCAGGUUUAUUGUUGUGUAGUCUACGAUGCACACUGCAUUUUAAGAAAAAUAUUGUAAAAAGCUGCCAAAGACUGGGAGGAACAUCAUCGCUGUGGCGAUAUUUCAACGGACCGAAGACGUUUCCCCUGACAACACCGGGAAGGAUACGGCCCACAACCCGUCGGUCCUUUCUCUCCUGGCCGAGCUAGGGGGGUUUCCAGGGGUAACUCUUGUGGAGAGCGGCACGAUUUUCCAAGCCACGACGGCGCUGGACCUCGCCGAAGAACGGUUGUCUCCUCACUGGUGGACUGAAGAUGAUUUUUUUUUGUGCUGCGGAACAAGAAUAACGGUGCCCCCGCGAAAGAAACUCUAUACAGUUUAACCUGCCAAAGAAGAAUCAGGGAAGAUCUUUUUUAUAUUGUUGAAGGACUUUCUGGUGUUGAAUCAAUGGGUGUUUGAAGGGAUACGUAGACUAGCAUUGAGCACUUUCUUAACGUGAUUUUUCAAGCAAAAGAGAAACCUCAAACCUGUUGGGUUAACAGUUUAUUUCUCUCCACGUAUUGUCUGGUAAUCCUGUUUUUGUUUGGUUUGAAGAACCAAAGGAUAGCUUUGAGCACUAGGGAAGCUUAAAAAAAUGGUGCCAGAGUUAGCAAAAAAGCUAAUUUUCAUUCCUUUGGCAGAUCAAUCACAUUACAUUAAUAAGGAAAAAUGCAAGAAUGAUAUAAAGCAAUAAAGAAGGAUUUCAGUGCCAAAUAUAUAUGAUUUUACAGAUGCCAUGAUAGAAGUCAAGUCAAUAUCUUUCUCUCUGUCGCGUGGAAACACCCGCCUGCAACUUAGAAUACAUUCACUGAUGUUCGACUGUGUUGAUGUUGUUGAUGCUGAUUUCUUGAAGCACUAACCCUAACCCUACUAUUGACACCUUUUGGCGGGAAUAAAUCUUUGCAUAUUUUGUGAUAAAGUCUGCCCCUAUGACA